AUGCUGUAUUGGGCUGUUGUGGCGGAAGCUGGGCAUGAGAUCGCACAAAAUAAUAUUGCCUAUCUGUUGGAUAAAGGUAUUUCUGUUGUUCUCCUUGAGUGUAAAUUGGCUGAUGUCAUUCUAGGAGAAGACUACAGAAUGAUGAACCACACUUCCAGUUCUGCUCUCUUGUACUGGACUUGUUCAGCUGCUCAGAAUAAUAUCAACAUGCUCAUUAAGGUUGGCAACUACUACUAUCAUGGUCUCAGCAUAGCCAAUGCUCUCAUACCUGAACACCUGGUGAAAGUGGCUGGCUACUAUCAAAGUGCUGUUGAGUCUCAGUUGAGUGCUCUUGUGAUGUGGAAUUUGGGGUGGAUGUAUAAGAAUGGCUUGGGAAUUCCACAAGACUUUCAUUUGGCAAAGUGCUACUAUGACUUAGCUAUGGAAACAAACCCCGGAGGUUACCUCCCUGUCACACUCUCCUUGAUCAAGCUCUAUGCUCGCAGCAUCUGGUACACAAUUUUGGGCAGCAAAAAUCAUGGUCUUUCAUUGUGGGAUCUUUGGGAUGCAACAGAUGAGCAUUGGUAUCUCAGAAAUGGGUCACACAGAGGGCAGUGGAGGAGAGAUGAUGGCAGGAUGCAGCUGGCCAGCCAGAUGGACAAGCUCCAAAUCAUAGGAACAUGGUGGGUCAAGGCAACACAGGGCUGUGUGAUGUUUUUCUAUAGCAUUGAGCAACAUUGUUGGGUAUAA